CUGCAUUCGGCGGUUGUAAGUCGGCUGAUUGUUGGAGUGGGCACCGGGGUCGAGACCGCGAGAGAAUGGUCGGCCUCCGCAGGGGCACGUGAGACACAAUCCGACAUCGGGACGGUUGAAAUCGAUGCAGCUCCGCUUCAGACGGCCCAGAUGAAAGACCCACCUGCCGGCUAAAAUAACGCUACACUGUCGAGCCCCUGAACGCCCUCGGCUGUUAUCCGGUUACAUUUUUGGAGGAAGGAAGCGGAAAAGCCCUCAAGACGGACAUUCAUACGCCAAGAGGAAGUCUCGAAAGACCGCAGGCUCUUGACACCCACAAGGCAACAGCUCUGAAAUACGCUAUUUUCUUCUUAUUUUUCUGGAUUAUUAUCCAGUUGUGGUGCUUUUCAAACAGGGAUCACCCCACAACUGGAGAAACUGCUCGAGCUGUUGACCUUCCAUAAGUGUUCAGUACUGUCACAUAAUCAGUGGUUCAGUAGCCCAAAUCGGUUCACCGUUAUUGUAUGUUCAAAUUGACAUUUUACACACAUACACACUCUGUGAUCUUGUUUACUUCCAAAUUUGACAUUCCUCCAAGGUAAUAUUAAAAGAACAGCCCACAUAGUUCUGUUGUAAGUCAACUGUCUUGAUUGACUCGUAUCAUAUUUGUAAUUUUGGAGGGAAGUAACCAUUUAUGAACAUUUUACAAGAUGGGGAAGAUGCUAUCAAAGAUAUUUGGUAACAAAGAGAUGAGAAUACUGAUGCUCGGACUCGAUGCUGCAGGGAAGACCACCAUCCUUUAUAAACUGAAACUGGGCCAGUCUGUGACCACGAUACCCACUGUCGGGUUCAACGUGGAGACGGUCACCUAUAAAAACGUCAAGUUCAACGUUUGGGACGUUGGCGGCCAGGACAAGAUCCGUCCCCUCUGGCGACAUUACUACACAGGCACACAAGGGUUAAUUUUCGUAGUGGAUUGUGCGGAUCGAGAUCGCAUCGACGAGGCCAGACAAGAACUCCACCGCAUCAUCAACGACCGCGAGAUGCGGGAUGCCAUCAUUUUGAUUUUCGCCAAUAAGCAAGAUCUACCGGAUGCCAUGAAGCCGCACGAGAUCCAGGAGAAGCUGGGACUGACCCGCAUCAGGGAUAGGAAUUGGUACGUGCAGCCCUCAUGCGCGACCACCGGCGAUGGACUGUACGAGGGCUUAACUUGGUUAACGUCUAACUACAAGUCUUAAUGACAGCGAUUGGCACUGACUGUUUAGGACAAAUAAACUCAGUAUGGGGCAAAUCAGAUGUCUCCCAACAAAUAUUCGUCAUAUUUUGACUUAUAGUUAACAUUUAUUUUUGUUUUGGUUUGAAAUGACCCUUAAAAAUGUAUCUCUUUGAAACGUAAUGGGGUUGGCUUGCUUUUAAUUUUCUGUGAAUUGUGGCAAACACUUGUCACACCUUGGACUAUGGCUUAACAUGACAAAGCAUUCCUAAAUGAAGAUUCUCUAUAUAUUUUUUUCCUCGAAAGUGUAGGUUUUCUAUCUUUGUUGUUUUCAGUUCUUUUGAGAGUUUGGGGUUUUGUCUCCAACAAAUGGUCCAUCAGUGUGUUAAAGACAUUUUAUACCAAGAUGUGUCAAAAAAGCUGUCCAGGCAUAUACUGUAGCAAAGCACAGAUUUGCUGAGGAGGUUGCAGCAUACUAACUGUAGGUAGCAAUGUGGUGUAAAACCAUACCAUAAUUAUGAUAUCACUCACAUACAAUGAUAAUCAACCUGUAAAUGAGUCCAUGAACCAUUUUAUGCAAACAAAAUCUUUGGCUAUAAUUCUGAAUGAAAGAAUUGCCAUAGAUAUAAACUUAAUAGCUUAAUCAAACUGAGUGAUGUCUUGUGCUCUCAAAAGGUUGCCGAAAGGUUUGUAUCUGCAUUGCAGUGUAGCUCAAAACAAGUGAAAAUUAAACAAGAUUUGAUUUACAAGUCGAAAGGGAUGCCUUUUGUAGCCCCUUUACCAUAUAGGCUAAACGCAUUGACCAGAUUGUUUUUCACUUAGUCAUAUGUCUCUAAAAUGUGGUAUUGUUACAUUCUUACGUUUCAAGUGUAGUGCCUGUGGUAGAGUGGACUGAAUUUUUGAGAGAAAUACUUCAUUCUGUUAAUUUCCCCUCUUUGUUUUACUCAUUUCGAGAAAUGUGUACAGAAACACCCAUGUAAUUACUUCUUCAAAUUAAACUUAGUCAUUUUAAAAGCUUAAGUACAUUCUUAUUCUGACCAGUUUGAUGCUGUUUUUCAAGAAUUUAUGUAAGGGGAGUUUCCACUGUCAUUUAUGAAGCCAAAUCAAAGUCGGAUGACAGUAAGGACAUUCAUCUCGCUUUUUACAUAUUGUUCUGGGUAGUGCACAUGACAAGUAUUUUAUCUCACUUUUAGUGAGUAGUUGCAUUGUGGUCCAUGUGUAUUUGCACCACAUGAACUCUGGACUCCAUGGUAGAUACAUUGGUAAGAAUGUGUGUUGGGUUUAAUGUUUGACCUCUUC